AUGUCGGACACGAAGAAUCCCGAACACAGCACCGCUAUGUCUUCCGAUGAGAAGGGUGGGGAACUGAAGCGCCGUGAGGUCUCGCGUGAUUCCACAACGAGGUCACCCGCAUCCAAAAAACCCUGCAUCCCAUUGAAGACACCUGGGGAUGAGAUGCAGGAUAGUGCUGAUUUCAUUGCUAGUGGUGACAGCGACGAUAAGCAAGCAGUCACGAAGCUUAAAUCGACUUCGCGUCCACCUUCACCCAUUCUAGUAAAGAAUGAGGGUAAGUGGAGGAAAUUCGUGUAUGAUGAUCUCCGCAAUUUCCAGCAUUCCAGCAUAAGGUAUUUAUGGGGCGACUUGAGGCGCGAUAUCACCCAGCUCGUUAGAGAAUGGAUGCCUGAACGCUACUUGUGGGAGGAUCUUUCCCAGGAGAGCCAGAAGGAAAUUAGUUCAUGGGCUUCCAAUGCGAAAGAGCACAUCGAGAACGACAAAACAAGCCAUCCAACAGCUUUGUUCGAGGGAUGGAUCUUUCACCUCCUGUAUGAGAAUCUGUUCUCGCUUGAGUGCCACGAAAAGUGGUCAUCGCCCGACUGGGCAGCGUUCGGGCAGCUGCGGCGCAUAUACAGCACUCACGCAGAGAACUCUGGAGACGCUGAUUCGCCAUUCAACAUUCGCUUUCACAACUGGCGCCAUACUUCGUCACGCAUGCUCUUCGACAUGCAUAAAGACAUGCAUGAAGAUACAUGGCAUACCGAGCCAUGUCGGCUCUUCGACAUUCUCGCAGAGCAUCUCGGACCUCUAUUUCUAUCCGAGUCCCGCGUCAGAGCUCCCGAUCAAAGCUCACAUGAGCGUCUAGAGUGGCUGGUUUACAGAGCUAUCAAGUUGGACGCUCUCAUGAUCCAUUCACUGAUCAACCUGACAAUGAAAAUGAGAGACCCCGUCACGGGUAAAGUGAAGGAUUUUCCCUUGGUUGAUCGUGUGCUAAUGGUAGCCCCAUUUGCCAAUUUUGACGAUUCGCACGUUGUGGACUUUAUCAUCGAACCAAGGUUCACCAUUUAUGGAUACAGAGGCCUUCCUCCAAGGAAAGUCAACUGGGAAGACUUGGAAGUAUACCGAAGCAGCGUAAUGAUAUCCGAAGGGCUUGGAACCGGCUAUGCUAGGAGCUAUGGUGAAUGGAACUUCCAUGUCGCCACAAGUAAGAUCACCGGGCCAGCCGCUGGAGAGGACCACGACCUUUCACAGCCUACGGGAAACUCAGAAGCAGCUUAG